CCUGCAUGGUGAAGGCCGACGCGGAGCUGGCAGACUAUUUGGAAGUUUGUUAUGCGGAAUACGGUACGGGAACUGCACCAGCACCUGCAACCGCAACCACUGAUAGUGAUAGUGGAGGACGAGGAGAUUAUUUUCAUGCUGGCGCAGCAACAGAAAUUCGAAUUCCUGCGAAGACGGGCGAUGAAGCAAAGAGCUACAACAGCAUGGGCAUAAGACGAAACUACGCGGAGCUCUUCAGGGAGGAGGGUGGUGCAGCGGUCGUGGCACUUGGUCAUCAUCAAGGACGAAAGCUGCCAAAGGGUAAAGGCACCAAGAACUCUAGUACCGCUACUCCCUCAAUAUCAAACCCCCAACUUCUGCGGUUGGUAAAGGAAUUGCUGACGCUUUGGCUCUCGUCCGGUUCCGCGGGAAGUGAGAGUGCCC